GCGCCCAACCCAAGCAGACCAUCAUGGCCCCGUUCAGGGAGGUUUUGUGCAGAAAUGUUGUUUUCAGUCUCGUUUUUGUUCAUUUAACCGUAACUGUAGUGUACGGACUUGAGCAUAUGUCCCGAGCACGAUGAAGGCAAGUUAUUCCAUCGUGACCUGUGGUUAAUAGUGAACUUUAUUCUGAAAUUAUGAUUUGCUGGUUGUGCUAGCGUUAGCUGUGUGGAAGAGUCGUGUUGUUUUUAAACAACUGCCAUCUCCUUCAUUACGUUGAAAAAUGUGAACAUAUUUUGCUCUCCCUUUUGGCUAAAUCUAUAGUUACACACGACAGGUGGUUACUGGAACUCUGCUGACAAACGUUGUGUAAUUGAUUCAGGAUGAAUGACAUGAAUUUGAGUCCAGUGGGCAUGGACCAGCUCAACGUGCCCUCAGUCAGUGCCAGUCAUCUUGGUCUGCCCACUUCGCCUACACACAACCCUAUACCCACUCCAGGCAUGCCUGUUGCCAUUCCCAGCCUGGGUCCCUCUCUGGGCUCUCUCCCCUCUGCCUUGUCGCUGAUGCUGCCCAUGGGUCCCCUGGGUGACAGGGGAGUGAUGUGUGGACUACCGGAGAGAAACUACUCGCUGCCCCCGCCCCCUUAUCCUCAUCUAGAGAGCAACUAUUUCCGGCAUAUACUCCCAGGUAUCCUGUCUUAUCUGGCUGACCGUCCUCCCCCUCAGUACAUUCACCCCAGCAGCCUUAACAUGGAUGGACCUCUAUCUGUGGCCAGCAAUAACCCCUCCGGCCUGGACCCUUAUAGUGCCCCUGGUGGCCCUCUGGAGCAGGGGCUGGUGCCAAUGGACUCCCGGCAAGUCAAUACCCAGGCUGACCUACACCAAACAGGCCAUGAACUCACCUCUACUGCUUUAGCGAUGGAGUCCCGCGUUAGUAGUCCCAUGUCUGACAGAAUGGGAGAGGAGCUGACUGCAAUGGAUGGCGUGGGUGUAGUUUCUGUGUCGGAUACACAGCAGCAGCUUGGAGGAGGAAGACAGCCACAGCCCCACGAAGGGUUAACAGGAGUGGACUCAUCUGGUGGUGUAAUCCCUCUUCACGGACCACCCGUACUCGAGCUGCCUGUGGUGAUGGAGCCAGACCACAUGGGGAGUAGAGUCGGCACCACAGGGGAGCAGCUUCACCCAAAUGGGGAGAUGAACUCGGGUGUGGUUAGCGUGGUGCUCACAGGGUCUAUGGGCAGUCAAGAGCAGCUAGAGCCUGUGUCUCUGCAUGGGCACGGAGGGAUGGGGCUGGAAGCUGUCAGUGUAUCGCAGAUCACUGCAGAAGUGUCACUAGGACCAGAAAACAACCUGGUGCUGGUGAACUCAACACUGCAGCUAGAAGACUCUACCUCGAAUAAAGAAAACAUGGUCACUACCUUUUCUGUAUGGUGCACACUGUGUGAGCGCUCGUAUACCUCAGACUGUCCAGAACAUGGACCAGUCACCUUCAUCCCUGAUUCUCCCAUUCAGACCCGAGCACGCCUCUCUCUGCCCCGCCCGCUGUGCCUGCGCAUCUCUGUAGCUGAGGAACCUCUAGGAGUUUUUGCACGAGACAUUAUAGCUCCAAGAACAUGUUUUGGACCAAUGGUUGGGCAGCACUGCAGUAAUGUAGAUCUGUCAGACUGGCCAGGAAAAGACACACCACAGUUAUGGAAGAUGUACCAUAACAAUGUGCUGGAAUUCUAUAUUGUUACGACAGAUGAGAAUGAAUGCAACUGGAUGAUGUUUGUCAGAAAAGCAAGAACCCUCGAAGAGCAGAACUUGGUUGCAUAUCCAUCCAAUGGCAAACUGUUCUUCUGCACCACCACAGAAAUACAUCCGGACCAAGAGCUUCUUUUCUUCUACAGUCGGGACUACUGUAGACUUUUAGGAGUUUCCCAGGUUCCUGAAGGACAGCUUUGCCAAUGUGGCAAAGAGUGUUCAUCUUUCACUGAGCUCAAGUCUAAUUUAAACAACCACAACCAGGCCGUGCACAGCCCAGCCCAGCAGGACCACCCUCCCCCUCCUCCACCUCAACAAAUGGACCAAAUAUCACAGCAACAGCAGCACCCACACCAUGAAGACAAACUGACCAAUGGAGCAUCCAGUUCCUCCUCCUCACCCUGGUCUAGCCACCCUCACAACCAAACUAAUAAUGAUAAUAACAGUACUGAGAACAAUAACAAUAAUGGCAUCUCCAGUAAUAACAAUAUGGCAAAAGGAAAAGGCCAGGGACAAGCAAGAGAGAAGAAGUUUAAGUGCAGUAUGUGCUCCAGAGCUUUUAUAACUUCGACUAAACUCAAUGUACACUUCAUGGGACAUGUGGGGAUGAAGCCUCAUAAGUGUGAAUACUGCAGUAAAGCGUUCAGUGAUCCAAGCAACCUUCGAAUGCACCUCAAGAUCCACACAGGUCAAAAAAACUACAAAUGCACAGUUUGUGAGAAGUCAUUUACACAAAAGUCCCAUGUGACCUCUCAUAUGUUGAUCCACACCGGAGCUGAGAAACUCAAGUGUGACCUCUGCGACCGAACCUUCAUCAGGAAACACGACCUCAAACAGCACAUGUUCUCACACACACAUGAACGCCGGAUACAGUGCCCCAAAUGCAACAAACAUUUUCUCAAGACUAACCAUCUUAAGAAGCAUAUGAACUCUCAUGAGGGCCGCAGGGACUUUGUAUGUGAAAAAUGUCAUAAGGCUUUCCUCACCAAAUACCACCUCACACGACACCUCAAGAUCUGCAAAGGGCCUAAGACUGAACGAAUGGCACGUAAAGAGUGUGUUGAUGGAGAGGAUGAGGAAGAAGAGGAGGAUGACCAGAGUGGGACAGGAGAGGCCAAGAGACUAGACUCUGUCAGUAAUGACACCUGCGGUUUAGAUGUUGCAGGAUACAGCUCUGAAAAAUCAUUAUCUCCUCCCCAUUGAGAAACACAGUGCCUCCUCUUGAAAGCAUUUUUGAGUAUUAUUUUACAAAUAUUGGUCAGUGAAAAGUAGGGUUGGACAAUUGUACCAUGAACUUCACUCUAAACCACUUGCAAUUAAAAAGAGACAAGUGAAUUGACAGUUGACAAUUAGAAAUUACUGUAUUUCAAUCUUGAUUCAAAUUUGAUUGUUUAGCCUUAGCAAAGGUUUUGGAAGAUCUCAGAUCCUUUUCUCCAUAAAUACAUUUCUGCUGUGAUAUAGAUGGCAUUAUGUGAUAAACUUCAAUAACAUUAUACAAAACAAAUUACCUCAAAUGUAUGUUUUGUAAUUGGACUUUUAUAAACAUAGGUGUAUGGUAUUCUCUGUGAUCAAGGAUGACUAAAAUUCAACAAUAUCUUAACACUGACGCCAUUAUCUUGCCACAAUGCUCAUGUUAAUUUAUAUUUUUGGAUUCAAAUACUUUUAUGAACAGAGGUUGAAGCUUAAAUUAUGUUAAUCAUGAUUAUUUAUUAAUUCUCAAAACAUUGACCUUUUGUGGAAUUAUUAAAGGCUAUUUUAUGCA